AGAUGCCCUGGGUGCGGCCAGCCUUGAAGCGCUGCGCCUGCGCGAUGUCUCUUUGCGGGGCGCCCCGGUCGGUUCCCAGCCCCGCUUCGCCGCAGAGGCUUGGGCCGUCCGGCCCUCCGUAGUCGCUCGACUGUCGCGCUGCACCAGCCUCCUCCUCGGCGUUCCCACGCCUAUUUGGGCGGAUUAUUGGCGCCGGAGGAAGAGGUAGGCGCACCGUGUCUCCACGUCAGAGACCGGACUGUGGAGAUGGCGGCCCAGAAGAUAAACGAGGGGCUGGAACACCUCGCCAAAGCAGAGAAAUACCUGAAAACUGGUUUUUUAAAAUGGAAGCCAGAUUAUGACAGUGCCGCUUCUGAAUAUGGAAAAGCAGCUGUUGCUUUUAAAAAUGCCAAACAGUUUGAGCAAGCAAAAGACGCCUGCCUGAGGGAAGCUAUUGCCCAUGAAAAUAAUAGGGCUCUUUUCCAUGCUGCCAAAGCUUAUGAGCAAGCUGGAAUGAUGUUGAAGGAGAUGCAGAAACUACCAGAGGCUGUUCAGCUAAUUGAGAAAGCCAGCAUGAUGUAUCUAGAAAACGGCACCCCAGACACUGCAGCCAUGGCUUUGGAGCGAGCUGGAAAGCUUAUAGAAAAUGUUGAUCCAGAGAAGGCUGUACAGUUAUAUCAACAGACAGCUAAUGUGUUUGAAAAUGAAGAACGCUUACGGCAGGCAGUUGAAUUACUAGGAAAAGCCUCCAGACUACUAGUACGAGGACGUAGGUUUGAUGAGGCGGCACUCUCUAUUCAGAAAGAAAAAAAUAUUUAUAAGGAAAUUGAGAAUUAUCCAACUUGUUAUAAGAAAACAAUUGCUCAAGUCUUAGUUCAUCUCCACAGAAAUGACUAUGUGGCUGCAGAAAGAUGUGUCCGGGAGAGCUAUAGCAUCCCCGGGUUCAACGGCAGCGAAGACUGUGCUGCGCUAGAGCAGCUUCUUGAAGGCUAUGACCAGCAGGACCAAGACCAAGUGUCAGAUGUCUGCAGCUCGCCGCUGUUCAAGUACAUGGACAAUGACUAUGCUAAGCUGGGCCUGAGUUUGGUGGUUCCAGGAGGGGGAAUCAAGAAGAAAUCACCCGCAACACCACAGGCCAAGCCUGAUGGUGUCACUGCCACAGCUGCUGAUGAAGAGGAAGACGAAUACUCAGGAGGACUAUGCUAGUAUUUUGCUUGCUGAAAAGAAAAGGGAAACAAAGGUAAAAAUCCUGACAUGCCAUUUCAAGGACUUGGGAAUAGAUUAGGGAUAUACGUACUUCAUUACAGUCAUGUUGGAUCCUAAUAAAGACUUAGGAUCUUUAGUUACCAUCUCCCCAAAUCACUCAUUGUAUCCAUUACCUGUGAAGCAUAUCUUUUUCUUUCCAUAAGAGCUUUUCUAAGACACCAGCAGGAAUUUACAGAAAAUGGACUGUCUAUGUUUUAAUAUAGCUGAUGAAAAACUUUGCAAGCCAAAUUAUACAUAAAUUAUGUUCUAAACAAAAGGGGUAAUAAGCAUAGGUAUUCUUCUCUCUUGGACGCUUGUAAGUUACUGUUAGUGAAUUGUUUUUUACAUUUAAUAAUUGCUGCUAAAAGUAAUGUUUACUGAUAAAAAAUUAUUUUAAAAUUUGUUUUGGAAAGGAAAUUUACCCCCAUGAUGUUAGAUACAUUUAAAUUAUCAAGUCUUUUCAGAGAUGAGAUGGAGACAGGAAGUUAUUUUGAGCCUUACAAUAUUAUUUAGCCCAAUAAAAGAUGGAUUGAAGCUCUUAUUAUGAGUUUGAAAAAUUUUGAAGGUAGCGUAUUAAAGUGAUUCUAUAAAUAUCUUCAGUCCUCUCUGAAGUGUGGGUAUUUCUUCUAUCUAAAAAGUACAUACAGUGACUGUCUUCAAAUCUACUUGGUUCUUGACCAAAUAGGAGCUCAUGGGUAAUGAAUACCUUCGGGGGUUUUGUUGUUUUUUUAAGGGUCUCACUCUGUUGCCCAGGCGGGAGUGCAGUGGUGCGAUCACAGCUCCCUGCAGCCUCUCCUGGACUCAGGUGAUUCUGCCACCUCAGUCCCGAGUAGCUGGAACUACAGGCAUGCACCACCAUGCCAGGCGAAUUUUUUUAUUUUUUUAUUUUUUUUUUUUGCUAUUUUUUGUAGAGAUGGGGUUGCUCCAUGUUGCACAGGCUGUUCUCAAACUCCUAAGCUCAAGCCAUCUGCCUGUCUUGGCCUCCCAAAGUGCUGGGAUUGUAGACAUAAGCCCCCUCACCCAGCCUACGAAUAUCUUUCUAACAUUGUAAGAAUGAGGUAAUGUUUCCAUCAAUCUAAUACAGAUAUAUUUCUUCCCUCCAAAAUCAUUUGGUUUGUUUUAUUGUAACUCCGUCUUAAGUUGACAUGGAAAAUGCUAUAUAGGCCAGACGCGGUGGCUGCUGCCUGUAAUCCCAGCACUUUGGGAGGCCGAGGCUGGCAGAUCACGAGGUCAGGAGAUCGAGACCAUCCUGGCUAACAUGGUGAAACCCCUAGUCUCUACUAAAAAUACAAAAAAAAUUAGCCGGGCAUGGUGGCGGGCGCCUGUAGUCCCAGCUACUUGGGAGGCUGAGGCAGGAGAAUGGCGUAAACCCGGGAGGCAGAGCUUGCAGUGAGCCGAGAUCAUGCCACUCGCUGCACUGCAGGCUGGGCGACAGAGUGAGACUCUGUCUCAAAAAAAAAAAAAAAAAAAAAAAAAAGAAAAAGAAAAUGCUAUGUACUAUGAAAACUUAGCUGAAAGGGAAGAAUCAUUUUAGAAAGACAUAUUUAAAACACCGCACUGCUAAUAUAUUGAUCCUUUGUAGUUAUUUCCUAAAAUGCUGUUUUCGAAACAUUCCUUUAUCACCCUGUGUGGCUUAGACCUAUCUCAUAAUCUGUUAAUUGGAAAGAGGCUGCAAACACCAGUAGUGUGCAUUCUGCAGGUACACGCUGCCGAAGAAAUUUCCUGCUUAUUCAUGCCCCGUCUCUGUCUCUUUUAGAGUCAUAACUUAUUUAAGUAUAGGAUACUUGAUUUUGCUAGACUUUCUGAAAACACCAAGGUGGAGUAUCAGAAGUGAUUUUAGUCACAAUUAGUUCUGUGGGAGAGCUUAGACAGAAUAACAUCCUCCUUUGGGAGGUGGUCUUGGGUGCGUGAAUGUUGGUAUACGGUCUUUAUUUUAGGUCUGAUACAAAACGCUAAUAAAUUUAAUGUUUUUCUUCCUUAAUUUAUUGGCAUAGUUCUUCAGGUAGCAGCUCAUUUUUAUUAAUGAUAUUGGGAUUAACUAUGAACAAGCUAUGUGUAGACAUUUGCAUUUAAGGACAUUGCGGUGUUUCAAAGAUCCCAUCAUUGCAGCUUGUAUCCUUUAGAUCCAAUCAGAAACUUCUGUUGUCUUACAUUAAUGCUCAUUUGAGCUAAUCAGUAAUCUGUUUAAACAGAUUUGGCAAUACUUUAAAGGUAUUGUAGACUAUUUAUUUAUAGAUCAUAUUACCCUUAAAGUCUUAGGGGAAAAAAGUUGUCUCAUGUACUGAAAACUUUUUUUUAAAAAGGUGAUGAUGAAGUGCAUUCUGUAGCAGCAGCGCAGCUGGGCUUUAAACCACACAGAAGGCUGUGUCCAAGGGCAGCCUCCUUCACCCUUCCUGCCCCCAGUGAGGACUGGAUAACUAGGACUUGGGGAUAUUCUUUGUUGUCAGGGUUAUUCUAUAUAGUAAAGAAUAUUUGGUUCACAUUUAUACAUUUUCUUUUUCCACUCACAUAAGUUUCUAUCUUGAGGGCAUAGUCCAAAGUGUAAAACUUGGUGUUUACGAGAAUUGUCUUCCAGAACUCCACUGUCAUCGCUUUCACCAAAGUGGAAGUCUGCAUGAAUAUGCUCAGAAUCUACUAUUCAACAUUCUGUUACGUUGUAAGUGAAGUCCACCUACAAAAUAGAUUUAAUAUAUUGAAUUUAUUUGUACAUAUGCAGAGUAUGGUAUUCGUGUAUGGAAUCUGCUUUAUUCCUAUUUUUUCCAACUCUGAUGAGUAGAAUAUUAAAUGUGUUGUUAUGGAAAUGCAGAGUAUUGCUUCUAUAGGAAGAUAAUUAUGAAAAUAAAACCUGAAACUAUGUAAAUAUGA